AUGGCCCCCGAAGCCAUCGACCCAUCCCCACCACCCGCCGCCGCACUCCCAGCAUACAAAGGCCCAACAGCAUACAAAGACGCCAGCGGCACCAGCCCCGAAACCUUCAACCGACACGCCGAAGAACACGGCACCGGCACCCACGCCGGCGCAAAGUAUCCGCACUACCUGCCCGUCUGGGACAAGGAGGUGAAAUACCCACCGCUCGAGCCCUUUGAGCACUACGAGCACGGCAAGGACGCAGACCCCUCGUUUCCGAACUUGCUGCCGCCGGGUCGGAGUCAGGUCUCGGACCUGACUGGAAAUAUCGGCGCUGAGGUGCAUGGCGUGCAGUUGAGUGCGCUCUCGGAUAAGGGGAGGGAUGAGCUUGCGCUGUUUGUCGCGCAGAAGAAGGUCGUUGCAUUCCGCAACCAAGACCUAUCCACCCACCCCAUCCCCACCGCCCUCACCCUGGGCACCUACUUCGGCCGCCUCCACAUCCACCCAACCUCAGGCCACCCCCCAAACCACCCCGAAAUCCACCUCGUAUACCGCAGCAGCACCACCCCCUCUUCAUCCGCCCACGCCCAAGACUUCCUCACCGAACACACCACCUCCGUCGCCUGGCACUCCGACGUCACAUACGAGGCCCAACCGCCCGGCACCACGUUCCUGUACCUGCUCGAGGGACCCUCCUCGGCGGGCGGUAAGACCAAGGCGGGCGGCGACACGCUGUUUGUCAAUGCGGCGGAGGCGUAUCGGCGGCUCAGUCCGGCGUUUCGGCGCAGGUUGCAUGGGUUGAGGGCGGUGCAUUCGGGGGUGCAGCAGGCGGAGCAGAGUUUGGGACGGGGGGGUGUGGUGCGGCGGGAGGCGGUGGGGAGUGUGCAUCCUGUUGUGCGCACGCAUCCCGUGACGGGGGAGAAGGCGUUGUUUGUUAAUGCGCAGUUCACACGCCGCAUCCUCGACCUCAAGCAAGAAGAAUCCGACGCGCUGCUCAAGUUCCUGUUCGACCAUAUUGCGCUCGGUGCGGACUUCCAGGCCCGGGUCAAGUGGGCGCCCGGCACGGUGGUGGUGUGGGAUAACCGGGUGACGGGACACUCGGCGUUGGUGGACUGGGAGGAUGGCUCGAGGCGGCAUCUGGCGCGCAUCACGCCGCAGGCGGAACGGCCGUACGAGACGCCGUUUGAGGAGGAUGAUGUUGGGGUUGGGGAGCUUUAGAUUGCUGGUGCUGGUGCUGGUGCUGGUGGAUGAGGGGGUGAGUGAGUGAGUGAGUGAGUGAGGUAUGUGGAGAGAGGGAGAGAGACUGAAAAGUGAGGUUUUGAUACACCAGCUGGCAUUAUCAAUCUCCUGGGAACCCAAGACCACCACGUCCGUACUGCCAACAAGAAUUAGGCUGAUUGCGGGGUACGAAUACCAGAUUAUAUACUACAC